AGGUGGCACCUCAAAGCUCUUUGGUGGAGAGCAGUCGCCAUUUAAGCGGGAGCAGCCGCUGCUGCAGCAGGCAUUUGGCAAGCGUGGAAGUCAGGGAUAGAAGAGGGAAGAGGAAAGCCGAGGACAGCGGGGCGGCUUUGACAGCGCCAGGCCGCACUGGUAGGGUGCUCAGGUGCGCGGGGGCCUCAGGUGCGCUGGGUUGGGGGAUGUGAGGCGCAAGAGGGCGCAGGUGCGCGGGCGGCGCGGGGAGCAUGGGGGCUCCAGGGGCGCGGGGCGCAUGGGCGCAGGUGUGCGGAUGGGGUGGGCGCGUUUGGGGCACCGGCUAGCUAGCUGGCUCGGUGGGCGACUGGCUGACAGCAUCACCACGGCGGCGGGAGGGAGUGCGCGCCCCGCCUGUCUCCGGGAGGAGCCUGCAUCCGCACCCUCUGUGCUGCCUGGUCCUUUGCGAGGAGAGCUGGGAAGAGGCGAUGAGCAGUUGUGUUCUUUCUCAGUUUUUAAGCUGAGACAGUGGGUGUGGUUUGGGGGCCAUCACCUGCCCUUCUCAAGUAUCACCCUGCCGUGUGCAUCCUGGCUCUUCGUGGCUCCUGCUUUCUUCCAGAUUUGCUUCAUUGCAUAUCCAUCACCAUACCUCCACAGGUGCUUUUUGGUUGAUAGUUGGAGCCCUCAAGCAAUAUGCCAGAGCAGAGCAAUGAUUACCGGGUGGCUGUGUUCGGAGCAGGUGGUGUUGGCAAGAGCUCCCUAGUCUUGAGGUUUGUGAAAGGAACAUUCCGGGAGAGCUACAUCCCCACUGUGGAAGACACCUACCGGCAGGUCAUCAGCUGUGACAAGAGCAUCUGCACACUGCAGAUCACAGACACUACAGGCAGCCACCAGUUUCCCGCCAUGCAGAGGCUGUCCAUUUCCAAAGGGCAUGCCUUCAUCCUGGUGUACUCCAUCACCAGCCGGCAGUCCUUGGAAGAACUCAAACCCAUUUAUGAACAAAUCUGUGAGAUCAAAGGGGAUGUGGAGAGUAUCCCCAUUAUGCUAGUGGGGAACAAGUGUGAUGAAAGCCCAAACCGCGAGGUGGAGUGCAGUGAGGCAGAGGCCCUGGCCCGCAAGUGGAAGUGUGCUUUCAUGGAGACCUCAGCCAAGCUCAACCACAAUGUGAAGGAGCUCUUUCAGGAGCUGCUCAACCUGGAGAAGCGCAGGACCGUGAGCCUACAGAUUGAUGGGAAAAAGAGCAAGCAGCAGAAAAGGAAAGAAAAGCUUAAAGGCAAAUGUGUGCUCAUGUGAAUGUCCUUCUCAUGUCCCAUGUCACCUUGCCUUCCCCCUUCCCCAUGAAGCCCACCAUCGUCAGGGUAGCAUGUAAGAUGCCCAUAUGUUAUAUAUUGCAUUUUGACUGAGACGUGCCGUAUUAUCCUUAAGAAGGCAUUUCACACCACCAACAAUAAGCCCCACUCCCUACCCCUGUUCAGAACCAGGGAAUCUGCCAGAUAGUCAAAAUGGAAAUGAACAUGCUCUGCCUCACAGGGAGCUGAGAGGUGCCAGCAUUCUCUGAAGGCAUCAUGUGCCAUUAGGAGGUAACCAUGAGCUGAAGGGAGCCACUGUCACCUGCAUGUGUGCCUGAGCAUGUUCACCUGGAGCCUCAGGUGCUAUUACAGACCAGGCCUUUCCCACUGCUGAAAAGCCAGUGCCCCUUGAGGGAGGGGAGAAGCU